UUUGGUCACAUUUGGCGCUUGCUUCAUAACUGCCGCAUUUACUACGUCAAUAGUUCGGUUCUUCUCCUUCUCUUCGAUGGUCGAGAUUAUUCAGCGAAACCGUAACCUCAAAGAAAUUGUUGAUAAUUUGGAGGAUUAUGCAGAUGUUGUCGUACGCAAACUCCGUCGGUACAUCCCUCAUGUUGCUCGUAUUUGUCUUAUAUCUACGUUUAUUGACGAUGGUUGGCGGUUACUCACACAAUGGGGUGAGCAAGUGGAUUACAUUAAGUCAAUAUGGAAUUCUCCUUAUUUGGUGGCUGCAGUGUUUAUUUUUGCCAAUAUAAUAACUCAAUUCAUUGGCAGCGGUUUCAUUAUUGGGCGCUACAAAGUUAAGAUUGGAGUUGGAAUCUUAAUGCUGACUGUCUUAAUA